AUGGAAGUCCGCCCAGCAACACCCAGCGACCGCGGUACCCGUGCUGGAACACCAAACUCUCUCUCCAAAAAGAUCACCCCAGAAGAAUACAUCCGACAACUCAGCAGUUCCGGCGAUGUUACUCCCGAUGUCGAAGUCCUCUCCACCAACCCCGACCUCUACAUCAACACCUCCGGAAAGCUGAAACGUACCCUCAAGAGUCGUCACAUGCAGAUGUUGGCGCUCGGAGGUACGAUCGGUACGGGUUUGUUCAUCGGGUCUGGAUCGGCGUUGAAUAGCGCGGGACCCGUGGGUGCGUUAUUGGGAUACGCGUUCGUCGGACUCGUCAUCUUCUCCAUCAUGGUGUCGUUGGGAGAGAUGACCACACUCUUCCCUGUUGCCGGAGGAUUCACCCACUUCGCUUCCCGAUUCUGUGACGACGCACUCGGUUUCGCACAGGGUAUCAACUACUGGUAUUCCUGGGGCAUCACCACUCCCCUGGAAAUUACCGCCGCGGCAAUUGUGGUAGGAUACUGGGACUCCGAAACCAAUGUCGCAGUCUACAUCUCCGUCUUCCUCGUCCUGAUCUGUCUCGUCAACUACUUCGGCACCCGCGCCUAUGGUGAAGCAGAAUUCUGGCUUUCGUUCAUCAAAGUCACCGCAAUCACCGGUCUGAUCAUCCUCGGUAUCGUUCUCUUCUUCGGUGGAGGACCGACUCAUGAUCGUAUCGGGUUCCGCUACUGGAAAACUCCCGGACCUUUCGCACAGUACAACGAGAUCGAAGGCGCAUGGGGUCGUUUCUUGGCGUUCUGGUCUACGUUCAUCAACGCCGCCUUCGCCUACACCGGUACCGAACUCGUCGCUGUCACUGCCGCCGAAGCCGAGAACCCCCGCCGCAACGUCCCGAAGGCAAUCAAGCGCGUCUUCUGGCGUAUCAUCUUCUUCUACAUCGGCUCUAUCCUCGUGAUCGGACUUCUCGUUCCAUUCGAUUCCGAGGAAUUGUUGAAUGUGCUCGGUGGAUCCGAUGCCUCAUCUUCGCCGUUCGUCAUUUUCAUCAACAAUGCGGACAUUCCGGUGUUGCCGCAUAUCAUUAACGCAGUUAUCUUGAUCGCUGUCGUUUCGGCUGGUAACUCGGAUCUUUACGCUGCGUCGCGUACCCUCUACGCGUUGGCACUCGAGGAGAUGGUUCCCGGAUAUGUCGCUCGCGUCUCCAAGCGUGGUCUUCCCUACGUCGCCGUCACCAUCACUGCUUCCCUCGGUCUCCUCGCCUACUUGAACGUCAGUAACAGCGCCGGCGUCGUCUUCAACUGGUUCAUCAACAUCUCCACUAUCUCUAUCCUCAUCACCUGGCUCAUCGUCCAAGUCUGCUACCUCCGCUUCUUCUAUGCCAUGAAACUCCAAGGUUACAACCGUGACCUCCUCCCCUACAAAGCUCCUUUCCAGCCAUACACGGCAUGGUUCGGAUUAGUCGCGAUUUCGAUUAUCUUGUUCUUCAACGGAUUCUCGCUCUUCUUGGAUGGAAACUGGGAUACGUCGACGUUUAUUACGUGUUAUGUCGGUAUCCCGAUUUACAUCUGCUUGUACGUCUUCUGGAAGGUUACGAAGCGUACAAAGUGGAAGAAGUUGUCGGAGAUUGAUUUGGUUACGGGGAGGGUUGGGGACCCGGAGAUUGAGAUGAGGGAGGACCCGGCGCCUACAACGUGGUGGGGUAAGGCAUGGGAGAAGAUUAUGUGA